AUGAGGGUUUUUCGUCAUGGAGAUCGCUCCCCAAUUGAGUCAUUUCCAAAUGACCCUCACAAGGAAGACGUGUGGGCACAAGGUUUUGGGCAGCUGACUGAGCUCGGCAUGAGACAGCAGUACGAAUUGGGACAGUUUUUAAGGAAACGCUACGGACACAUCCUCAGCGAUGAUUAUGACAGCAAAGAGGUGUACGUCCGCAGCACAGACUACGACCGCACUCUAAUGAGCGCUCAAGCCAACCUGGCUGGACUGUUCCCCCCGAAUCGACAGCCCCCUCCCAUCAGGCCCCAGCUGCUGUGGCGACCCGUUCCGGUGCACACUGUUCCACGAGCCCUGGAUAAGCUCCUGAAGACACCCAGCAAACACUGCCCCAGAUUCAGAGAGCUGAUGGCUGAGACAUUUUCCAGUGAUGAGUAUCAGCGAGUACUCAAGACUUACAAGGGCUUCAUCCAGGAGCUGUCAAACUACACCGGAUACCCAGUGGACAAGCUUGCAGUGCGUAAAGUUUGGAGGGUCUAUGACACUCUUUACUGUCAGAGAAUUCAUAACCUGACUCUUCCACGCUGGGCAACCCAGGAGGUGUUCAGCGCUCUGGAGGAAAUAGCUUCUUUUGAGGUCAUGUACAGCGUGAUCACCUACAAGCGUAAAGACAAGGCGAGGCUGGCGGGGGGAGUCCUGCUGAACGCCAUCCUCGGAAAUUUCACCAGUGUACUCAAGAGCGACGGCUCUCUGAAGCUGGUCAUGUAUUCUGCGCACGACUCCACGCUCAUCACCCUUCAAGCUGCCCUCGAUGUCUACAACGGCCUGUUGCCGCCGUACGCCGCCUGCCAGCUCUUCGAGUUUUACCAGGAGGAAGACGGGACGUACUCGCUCGCUUUGUUUUACCGAAAUGACUCAAGCCGUGACCCAUAUCCAACCCCUGUGCCUGGCUGCUCUGUCAAUCCAUGCCCUCUGAGCACCUUUACCGCAGCUAUAAAUGAUGUCAUUGCCCAGAACUGGGAUGCAGAGUGUGGACUUGUGGAGACAGAACCCAACGCAAGUAUCAUUGCAAUUCUUGCUGUGGUGGUGGCUGUCCUCAUCCUGGCCCUGCUGGGAGGCAUAGCCGCUCUCAUCUACCAACGGAGACACUACCACUCGAUGGAGAAAUAGUCAGCAGACAAAAGGUGUCCCCAAGCGUGCUUUCUUCAUUCCCGAAAUGGCAUCCGUGCAAACUUGACAGCAGCAUUGUGAGGACUGGUGUGGGGACAGAGCGUGUUGACAGGAUGGAGCACUGGAGGGCCACGGAGCAGUGAGACACGGAAAGGGGACAGUAUGGAUACAACCAUUGUGAAGGUGGCAAGUGUUUGCAGUCCUUUAAGUCACAUCAAGUGGUGCUGAGCCGUUCGGUCCUCCUUGUUUCCAAAACAUGACUUUCCCAAAUCACUACUUUUUCAGUCAGUGCCAGUUUGAAAAUAAAUAAAUAAAUGUGGUGUAUGGUUAAAGUUACUGUGAUGGUUCAGGUGGAACAGAACCUUGUACAGAUAGACUUUCUUUUUAAAUACCAGGGCUUCUAUUUUCAG